UCAACGUCUACGUCUACGUCCUUUUCAAUACUGUCAAAGUAUUCAAGAGACUGCCUUUUACAACAUAACCUGGUAUUUAAGUUUUUCUUCGUUAUAUGGUUAAACAUAACGAAAACUAGUAUUAAAUGAAUCGGUGAUAAAUAUUCCAUUUAAAUAAUGAGUAACUCUAUUAUUUAUAAGUUAUUAGUUUUAAGUUUAGUGAUUCUUUUGGGAGUUGGUGGAAGUAAUGGUCAGCUCAUUUAUGCUGUGAAUUGUGGUGGUGAAGCUCAUACAGACUCCUUUGGAAUUCGGUAUGAAAGAGAUCCUCUUCACGGCCGUAUUGGUAUCGCAUCAGAUUAUGGUAAACGUCUGUUAAUUGGAAGGGUGCCCCCAACUGAUUACAUCUUGUAUCAGACUGAAAGAUACCACACAAACACCUUUGGAUACGACAUUCCAGUAAUAUCUGAUGGAGAUUAUGUACUAGUAUUAAAGUUUUGCGAAGUUUAUUUUAACGCCCCGGAUCAGAAAGUAUUUGAUGUUGUUUUAAAUGGAGAUCAUACGAUUGUAGCUGAUUUAGACAUAUUCGAGAAAGUUGGGAGAGGUGUUGCUCAUGACGAAUACAUACCCUUCAAUAUAAUAAAAGGACGUCUUCAUGUCAACGGAGAAGAAUCAGAUAUUCGUGGAGGGCGUAUUAGAGUUGAGUUCAUAAAGGGUUACAAAGACAAUCCUAAAAUCAAUGCUAUGUAUGUCAUUAAGGGUAAAUUAGAAGAUGUUCCUCAACUACCAUCAAUUCCAGCUGAACCAAGCUCCACUGUAGAAGAAUUAAAAGAAGAAAGUGAAACCAUUCCAAAAUCUAGGCGACCUAGUGGACCCAAACAACCUGAUCCAUAUAUUGCCGAUGAUACAUCCCUGAUGCUUCCUAUUUUUAUUGCGAUAGGAGCCUUUAUACCUCUGUUAUUUUGUUUAUGCAAAUUGUGAUUAAAUUAUGUGAUUUUGUAGAUUUCACUAUCGAUUUUUAUUGUUUAAGUUAUAGAAAUAUUAUUUAUUAAUGUUAAUUAGGACAAAGUAUUCAUUUUUUUAUUGUUUUCUUUAAGUUCAAUAGAGAAAUUGACUGAU